AUGGACCCUGUAAGGCGCGCCAAAAUUCAGCGCUACUACGACUUUAUUGACUCUUCUGUUGAGAUUCUACGGACAGCAAACGAAAAAUCUGACUCAAAUUACAUCAAAGAGAUCGUACGCGAAUUACAGUUGGUGGUACCAAAAUAUGGUAUAAGUCUGAGCCAGUUUAAAAAACUGCUCAAUGUCGUGCUAGACACCACGAACGCGAAACUCUUUAGCAAUUCCGUCAAAUCUCGAAUUGUAAAGAUUUGGCACUGCUAUGAGCUGUUAGACUUUGAUACAUUUCUCUGCAUUAUCAGCUCGUUGAGGUUAUCUACGUUUUCCAACGAAGGAAUGACACUACACCAGAGAAUUCAAACCAACAUGAGCAAAUGGCUUGUCUCCAACUUUUCCAAUUUCAGGCUAAGUAAAGACUAUUUGCGGAUUCUUCCGUAUUUGUUUAACAUGCUACCAAUCGGAUACAUCAGAAGCAAUAUAAGCAUAAUUAUAAUUUAUUUGAUUCAGCUGAGUUCGCAAAUUGAUGAGUCCUAUAAUGUCAAGUUCUUCCUCAAUGCUUCCAGAAUCAUAUACCUGACCGAACUUUAUGAAAAAGACAGGAGCAUGUUGCCUUUAGUUAUGGUGAUUCACAGUCAUUUGCAAGGAAAGGACAAUCUGCCUCUGUUUGAUACCUAUAGAUAUAAAUUAGAAGAGAUAGUCGAGAAUGAUAGGCUUCCUAAGGAUGUAUUCAAGGUGGACCACCAAGUGCUGGACUCUUUGGUGGACCUCAAAGUUCAAUACCAUCAGUUCAAUCAGAACACUGAUACCAUGUCACCACUGAUGGAAAUUGAAGAUUUUCAGGAGUUCUACUAUAACUUACAGGACUUUUACCAAAUGGUUGAGUAUCUUAAUUUGAGAUAUGGGGCAUCAGCCGGUGGUCAUCGAUAUAAGCGCAAAAAGCUUGAUGAGCUUACUUUUGAUCUCAAUACAAUGGACAUCUUGACCUCCAGAUCGAUAGCAGAUUGCUACACAAUUCCUACCUAUUUGCUGCAUCUAGACAGCAUUCGUGUACCUCGACAAAUGGGAUUGUUGUUAUACCAGAUUGAUGACUUUUCGCAUUACAAAGCGCAGCCUAGUUUCAAAGUAGCUGAAACUCUUGGCCAUUUCGUUCAAUUUUAUCCAAAACUUCCCCUGUACACAGCUUUGCUGCAGCUUGAUUAUCAAGAGCUGAACAAUUGGAUGGAAGUUAUUCUUGGUGAAGAAGGACAAAAGCUAAAUCCUAUGCAUGAACCAUUAUUCAAUGGACUGCUUCAACUCACUAGAGUUUCGCUGGUUCUUCUUCCAGCCAUGGAGCACUUUUUGUUGUCAUACUUGCAACCUGGGGAUCCCAUUAUGAGUACCGUGAAAUAUUACGAAUUUAUACCCUACUUUGGUUAUCGACCUUGGUUACAAUUUGUACCAGUCUAUGAGAAGCUCAGGCCACUCUUGCAGAAUGCUACUAGUGCAUCCCGUGUGCUGGAAUCUAUUUCUGAUCUUAUAUCAAACUGGUGCAUCGUUCAGACCCCUCAUGAGGACGAAGAAUUUUGGAAAACGGUCAAUAAUCUGAUAGGGAAUGUGAUUAGCGAUUUCACGGAAAGUUUUUGUGGGCAAGCUGAACAGUAUACUGACUGUAAAUUAAGCCUCGUUGGAUUUUUGCGUGUGAUUUACCGAAUCGACUACGAGCACCUCAAAUUAUCAAAUUUGGUUCUGCCACCGGUUGUACUUUAUGACCUAUACUUCUCAUCGAACCCUGUUUUGGUCGACGGGGUAUGUCGACAUGUGAGUUUCUGCAAACGGUACUAUGCAAAUUUUCUUUCUACACAACAAGGGCAUGGUGCAAUAAAUUCGGACUUGACUCAUAUGAUGUUCAGUAUGCUCAAAAACUUGCACAAUUCUUACGUGAUGGAUUUGUGUAAUAUCGUUUGGAGAGACAAGGCAUUCGACAAAAAUGAGAAAUCGACCGCCAAGGGGUUCAUGCUCCCGUAUGCUCUCACAACCAAAAUGCUCAAACAGCGCUAUCAUCACUACGAUUCAAGUAUUGACGAUAAGGAAGACUAUGAUUUUGAUUCCAUCAAAAAAGACUUUGACGUCUUCUAUGCACCUGCAUACUCUUCAUUGAUUACUGACAUAAUCCAUCGUCUUGAAGACUUCAAUGGGAUAGAUACUCGUCUUACAGGGCCCUUGAACGAAUCCGAAUUCAACCGACUUAUCAGUAAUUCUGAACAAUGGCGCAACACGUAUACUGACUACGACUAUUUGAGACUGGAUAUAUUACAUGAGUUGACAAACAUGGGCUUUGACGGAUUGCCUGGUCUCCUUCACAGUUCGUUGAAAAGUCUUUCGAUCAAGCUUAGAGCGCGAAAUGAACAUUAA